GAGGAAGGGGGCGGAGCCGGAGGAAGGGGGUGGAGGCGCGCGUGCGCGCUGAUCCCGCCGGCAGGAAGCCCGGCGCGCGGGGGCGGGGUCUCGCGGCGGCAAGGGGCGGGGCUCUCGGGGCCGCUGCCGCCGCCGCCGCCGCCGCCGCCGCGCAUUGUGCAGCAGGCGGGCCCCCGCGCGGCAGGGCCCUGGACCCGCGCGGCUCCCGGGGAUGGUGAGCAAGGCGCUGCUGCGCCUCGUGUCUGCCGUCAACCGCAGGAGGAUGAAGCUGCUGCUGGGCAUCGCCUUGCUGGCCUACGUCGCCUCUGUUUGGGGCAACUUCGUUAAUAUGAGCUUUCUACUCAACAGGUCUAUCCAGGAAAACGGUGAACUAAAAAUUGAAAGCAAGAUUGAAGAGAUGGUUGAACCACUAAGAGAGAAAAUCAGAGAUUUAGAAAAAAGCUUUACCCAGAAAUACCCACCAGUAAAGUUUUUAUCGGAAAAGGAUCGGAAAAGAAUUUUGAUAACCGGAGGCGCAGGGUUCGUGGGCUCCCAUCUAACUGACAAACUCAUGAUGGACGGCCACGAGGUGACCGUGGUGGACAAUUUCUUCACGGGCAGGAAGAGAAACGUGGAGCACUGGAUCGGACAUGAGAACUUCGAGCUGAUUAACCACGACGUGGUAGAGCCCCUCUACAUCGAGGUUGACCAGAUAUACCAUCUGGCAUCUCCAGCCUCCCCUCCAAACUACAUGUAUAAUCCUAUCAAGACAUUAAAGACCAAUACGAUUGGGACAUUAAACAUGUUGGGGCUGGCAAAACGAGUCGGCGCCCGUCUGCUCCUGGCCUCCACAUCGGAGGUAUAUGGAGAUCCUGAAGUCCACCCUCAAAGUGAGGAUUACUGGGGCCACGUGAAUCCAAUAGGACCUCGGGCCUGCUAUGAUGAAGGCAAACGUGUCGCAGAGACCAUGUGCUAUGCCUACAUGAAGCAGGAAGGCGUGGAAGUACGAGUGGCCAGAAUCUUCAACACCUUUGGACCACGCAUGCACAUGAAUGAUGGGCGGGUGGUCAGCAACUUCAUCCUGCAGGCGCUCCAGGGGGAGCCGCUCACGGUAUACGGAUCCGGGUCUCAGACAAGGGCAUUCCAGUACGUCAGUGAUCUGGUGAAUGGCCUCGUGGCUCUCAUGAACAGCAACGUCAGCAGCCCAGUCAACCUGGGGAACCCAGAAGAACACACAAUCCUAGAAUUUGCUCAGUUAAUUAAAAACCUUGUUGGUAGCGGAAGUGAAAUUCAGUUUCUCUCCGAAGCCCAGGAUGACCCACAGAAAAGAAAACCAGACAUCAAAAAAGCGAAGCUGAUGCUGGGGUGGGAGCCCGUGGUCCCGCUAGAGGAAGGUUUAAACAAAGCAAUUCACUACUUCCGUAAAGAACUCGAGUACCAGGCAAAUAAUCAGUACAUCCCCAAACCAAAGCCUGCCAGAAUAAAGAAAGGACGGACUCGCCACAACUGAACUCCUCACUUUUAGGACACAAGACUACCAUUGUACACUUGAUGGGAUGUAUUUUUGGCUUUUUUUGUUGUUGUUUAAAGAAAGACUUUAACAGGUGUCAUGAAGAACAAACGGGAAUUUCAUUCUGAAGCUUGCUUUAAUGAAAUGGAUGUGCCUAAAAGCUCCCCUCAAAAAACUGCAGAUUUUGCCUUGCACUUUUUGAAUCUCUCUUUUUAUGUAAAAUAGCGUAGAUGCAUCUCUGCAUAUUUUCAAGUUUUUUAUCUUGCUGUGAGAGCAUAUGUUGUGACUGUCGUUGACAGUUUUAUUUACUGGUUUCUUUGUGAAGCUGAAAAGGAACAUUAAACGGGACGAAAAAUGCCGAUUUUAUUUAUAAAAGUGGGUACUUAAUAAGUGAGUCGUUACACUAUGCAUAAAGAAAAAUCCUAGCAGUACUGUCAGGUGGGUGGUGCACCGGCAUUGACUUUAGGGCAGAUAAAAGAAUUCUGUGUGAGAGCUUUAUGUUUCUCUUUUCAUUCAGAGUUUUUCCAAGGUCUACUUUGGAGUUGCAAACUUAAGACUUUGAAAUAUUCCUGUUGGUCAUGAUCAAGGAUAUUUGAAAUCACUACUGUGUUUUGCUGCGUAUCUGGGGCGGGGGCGGGUUGAGGGGGACAAAGUUAACGUAUUCUUGGUUAACCAUGGUUAAAUAUGCUAUUUUAAUAAAAUAUGGAAACUUACCAGUCAUGGACUUCCAGUUUUAAAGGUUGUCUUUCUGCUUCGGCAUGGCACUUGUUGGACUGCUAAGGAAAACAUUGGAAAAUGUAGUUUAAAAGAAAAUCUGAAAACAUUCAGGUUUGUGCACUAUGUAAUCUGAUAUGUAGCGAUUGAAAACAUUUAUAUACUUCUCGGGCUGAGUGUAUGCAUAUAGUAUUCACUGCCAUGUGAAGUUUUCAGAUCUUAGCCAGGGUUAGAAUCAGUUUUGUGACCUUCCUUGGCAACACAGACCAGAAAAAAAGGUACAAGUUGUCUCCUCUGGAGAGAUUUGUGAACUAGGCUUAUUGAGUGAAAACUUUGAGAGCUUAUGUUUUCAAUAAGAACCCUUUCAAGGUUCAGUAUUAGCAUUUUGUUUUUCGUCUUAAUAAAUGGAAGAACAAUGCGAUACGUUAAAGCUUCAUGUUUUCCAAGUAGAUUGGCUCCGCGUGACAGCAGCACAAACCUGAGCAGGCGCUGCGAGGAUAAAGGUUUCUAUGUAUCAGAAGCAUUUAAAAAUGAGAGAUCCUAAGAUACCUAACCAGUGUAAGCUAGACUUGCCUGUCCUUUACAACCACCUUGGGAUUCUUCUUAAUUGGACAUAUUUUUGGAAUCCCAAUCUUGGGCAGGGCAGAGGACGAUGUGGUUUUGUGUCUUUUUCGUGCUAAAUUCUCCAGAAGAUUCUGGAACUAGGGUCAGUGCUAGAUUGGAUGUGGUGUGAGAGAGAAAGAGGAAUCAAAGAUGGUUUCUUAUUUAUAAUUUUAAUUAUUUUAGCCAGAAGUAAGUGAUAUACCAUUUACCGAGAUGGGAUUAACAGAGCUGGGAAGCUUAUUUGGGAACUACUAAUGAUGACCAAGACAUUGAAGAAGGAGUAUAGACAGGGACCGCUGAGAAUUUGCAGGGGUUAAGUUCUACAGUGCAAUUUGGGAGAACCUGAAGGCCCCAGGGUCCAGAAUUCUCUUACCUUGUUACUUGCUAGUUAGUAUCUGGAAUUCUUCCAUGAGGUUCAUUCUUUGGUUUUCUUGCCUGUGAUUUUCAUGAAAUAUUUUCAGGGGAGGGAGGAGGAAGGGGAAGAGGAGUUAUAUCUAAUUUACCCUAAAGAAACAAGUAAUGCGUCAAGGUUGUAGUGUAAGGUUCAUUCCCAUGAAUGUCCUGGGAAGAGAGGGAAGUGGAGUUGAGGGGCCUGGAAAGGGAUGAAUGGGUAGACAGAGCAUGGUUACUGUGGUCUGAAUGUUUGUGUCCCCUGUAAUUCAUGAGUUAAAACCUAAUCCCGAGUGCAAUAGCAUUAAGAGGUAGGAUGCUUAAGAGGAUUAGGCCAUGAGGGCAGAGCCCUUUAGUGCCUACAAAAAAGGAACUUUUGUAGUUCCUUUUAUAGGCACUAAAGGGCUCUAGGGAGCUUUUUUGCGUCUUCUGCCAUGUUUUAAGGACACAGCAAGAAGGUGCUAUCUAUGAGGAACAGCCCCUCACCAGACACUAAAUCUGCCAGCACCUAGAUCCUGGGCUUCCCAGCUUCCAGAACUACCAGCAGUAAAUUUAUAUUGUUUAUAAAGUACCCAAUCUGAAGUAUUUUGUUCUAGCAGCCCGAACAACUAACACGGUGGUGCUCCGGCAUCUCAGGAUUGGCUCCCGGUUGAGGCAUCACUGCUAUUGCUUGCAGGGAUGAGACUGGUACAGCUGCUCUUACUAACUUCAGUGACCGUCAUAGUGGGCUUAAGCAAGGUGCAGAUUAGAGACUGAACACACUGGAUUUCCACUACACCCUCUUAGGUACUGAGCCCAGCCCACUGGCCCAGCUGGACUCUUGUGACUCUUGUGGCACUCUGCUCCAGCCCUGACAGCAUCUCUUAUCACAGCUCUGGUGCUUCAUAGGCCACCGUUCUGGUUCAUGGUUCUUAGUUAUGUGUGAGCUUGACUUUGUUCUCAGUCUAAAAGGUGUAUUGAGUGAAAUGCUGGUCUGGUGAUGACUGUGAGCUACAGUUUGGUCUCUUAAGACUGGGAAAUCUAGAAAAUCCUCAGCAGUUUCCUAGGGCAAAAGAGUUGUGAGUUUUAAUGCUACAGUUCAUCUGUUUAAAGUGGUUUGUUGACUUUAUCCAGAUAUUCUCAGUGGUUGGUUGUUACCUUUGUAAGGGAGUUGAAAGAUUAUAUUACCCUGAGAACUGAUGCCAUAGUAUCUGGGGUGUGAUGCACUGAGCUUCAGAGACAGCAGCAAGACUUGGUUCUAAUCACCGUGAUUAAUCCACAUGUUUUCUCUGUAUUAAAAAGCCCUGAGUGUGUCCUGCUUGGACCUUGGCCACUUUGGAGAACAAGAGUCAUUUUUAUCUACAGUUGUGUUGUGGGAAAGAAAAAAGUAAAGAUAUUAUUAUCAAGAACAAUGUUUUUAAAAUGUCUUGCUAUUUUGGUGCUGCUGAAUUUUAAGUUUCUGUAUUUUAUACACAUUUUACUUGAAGUAAAACUAAUGUGAUGUGGUGUAGAAUUCCAGGAUGUAAGAGUCAAGAUAGGUGGCUCUACCAUGUACUAAUGAGGGGAGGUCAGUUUUUAAAGAAAUGAAGAUAAAGGAAAAUGCAAGGAAGAGACUCUACCAUUUUAGAAAAUAGACAUACUUUCCCUCAUCUUCCUACUAAGUACAAUUUAAAAUUCUGGACAUUAUACGUAAAACAAGCAUAAGAUGCUGAAAGUAGAUAGAAAAAGGUAGACCAGCCAGGCACCUCAGGACCUGAGGAAGAAUGCAGUGGUGAUAUGGGCUGAACCGUGUUGCCUUAAAAUGUAUGUUGAAGUCUUAACCCACAGGACCUCAGAAUGUAUCUAUAGAAAUUAGGCCUCUGAAGGUGAUUAUGUUAAAAUAAGUUCUUUAGGGUGAGCCCUAAUUCAAUCUGACUGGUGUCCUUGUAAGAAGAGAAAAUUUAGACACCGGAGAUAUGCAUGCACAGAGAGAAGGCCAUGUGAGAACGCAGCAAGAAAGCAGCCAUCUCAGCCCACAAGAGAGGCCUUCGGAGAAACCAAACCUGUCGACACCUAUUGAUCUUGGACUUCUAGCUUCCAGAACUGUGAGCAAAAGGAAUUUCUGUUGCUUAAGCCACCCAGUCUCUGGUAUUUUGUCACGGCACUCCUAGCAAACUAGUACAAGUCGUGAGUUCCCUGGGUUUUCUUUUUGCCUUCUAUAUUGCUAGCCUUGGAGCUGGAUAAGUUAUUAACCAAAGAGUGCCAACAGACACAGUCAAAAACCCCAACAGAAACCUAUUCACUGCUGCCAGCAUACCAGAGAAAGAGCAACCUAGUAAAAAGGAAAACUUUUAAACAGAAAUGGCUCUACUGUAGCCAAACACCACAUGAAAAACACUACAGCCCUACCCCAUCCCUUCCAGCAAAGACCACGUGAGGCCUGGAGCUCCACCCUCACCUAACUUUAACAAGAUGCCUCAACCUGCCCCCACCCCCACUCUUUGCUCUGAUGCUGUCAGCAAAGGCCUGUAGAGGCUUGGGACUAGAAGGCCUGAGCUGAGAUUUGCAUCUCCACUGGGUAGUAUUGACCGCAACCCCAUGGCAUCAGCCGCCUAGUGGAGAGUCAGGGCUUUCAGCACUUUCAGUAAUCAGCAAUAAUAAGGCAACCUCAGUAAAGGCCACAUGGGGAACAGUAACAAGCUCCCCACCCCUGACAGCCUGAAUGUUACCAGUGGAGGCCUGGAGGGAAACCUGGGCUUCCACCUGCUACCUGGCAGUAAAGAGGCAGGUUCCCCGCUUCACCCCCUGGAGCAGUCAGAGUAGGCCUGCUAAAAUUCAAGAUUUAAAUCAGACCCAGAGUCUUACAGCACUCAGAACUGAUGAGGUUUAAAUUAAAAAUUAUUCACCACACCAGAAACCAAGAAGAUCUCAAGGUAAAUGAGAAAAGAUAAUCAACAGAUGCCAGCACCAAGAUCACAUAGACAUUAGAAUUAUCAGACAAAUUAAGUUUUAAAGCAGCCAUUGUAAAAAUACUUCAAUCAGCAAUUAUAAAUAUGGUUGAAACAUGAAUAGAAAAUUUCAGCAAAGACAAGAUACGAAGAACUACAUGGAAAUUUUAGAACUGAAAAAAUAAAUAAAAAGCCCUGUGGAUAAGUUCAAUAGCAGAGUGGAGAGAACAGAAGAUAUAACAAUCAAAAUUACCCAGUCUAAAUAACAAAUAGAAAACAGACUGACAAAAUGAACAGAGCCUUGGAGAUACAUGGAACAAAGCAUCUGUUGUGUCAUUGGGAUCCUAGAAAGAAGAAAAAGGAUGGAGAAGAAAAUUUAAGGAAGAAGAGCUGACAAUUUCCCAAAUUUGACCAAAAAAAAAAAAAAAAAAUCAAAAUGCUAAGUAACCACCAAA